CGCCUGAGAGCCUUUUCCUUUUUGUUUUUAUUUUCCUGGAAUCCAAACAGUUAUAGAACAUAUAGCAUAAGUUCAUUUUACUGUUGCAGCAAAUGAUAAUGAAAGGAUUUUCUGAGAUACGAGAUUGACUAAUUAGUGGACAACUUAUUUUACAAAUUUUGAUAAAAUUCUCUUUAACAAAUUUAUCAGAAUUGCUCCUUGAACUCACGCCCUGAUUUGAAGACUAGGACUCAAGUCUGGCGCCUUCGACCAUCCUGACAUUGAUGUUCUUUUUACUCACUAGUACUUAUUUCUGAUAUCAAUUCAGGACUCAAUAUCGAAACUUCAUUUCAAUACCGUUUAACAUUUGCAGCUCUCUUCCUGAUUCCCCUUUCUUGGCUUUUGAUUGACUGUCAUUUGUGUACCUCAUUCGGAAAAUUGAACUUCAGUGAAAUAAAGAACCACUCCCUCUUUUCUCAAAACAGUCACGUUGAUUCGUUGAUUUCUCUAUAUCGAAGGACUACUGUAUUGUAAACCAGUAGCUGCGAACAAAAAGGACAAAGAGAAGAAAUUUGAAGAGCGAAUUUUGGAACCUAUUAAAAAGUCUGGUGUUGAGAGAAAGUUAUCAAAACCUUAUAACCUAUCUGAAAUCUUCAAUUCAAAACGAGCAAUGAAUUCAGUUCCAUUUCAUGCGGCUCCUGCUGCACCCCCUGCUCCUCCUUGGUUCCCAAUGUUACCAUCCAACCCACCACAGUCAAGUGAUUUCUGGGAGACUAAAAACGUGAAUGACCAGCUGAGAGAAUUACAACAGACUAUGAUUCUCGUAAAAGCAAUGCAGAAGGAACUAGAGUUGUUGAUGAAAAUAAAAGAUGCUAAAGAAUCUGCAGAAUAUGGGGAAAGGGUGUCCGUUGAACCGGUUGAUUGUGUAUUAUCCAAGUGUUUAGAAGAUAGGAAAAUCGAUUUGAAAGCACAAGAAUCACUUUCUUUGGAUGCUGCAUGCUCUCUGAUGUCAAAAUUAAGAGCUCAGCUAGAGCCAUUUCGACCUCUCAUAGAUGAAGCAAGUAAUUGGGAGGAUAAAUCAGUGGCAAUUAGAUUGUCUAAUAAAAUGCUAAAGUCCAAGCGAAAUAAACUUUGGAGGAAGAAAAAGAGAAAACGCAUUGCAGAAAUGGGUGCAAAGGUCCAGGAACAAUUCGACCAAGCUGAUCGUGAAGCUGAUGACUGGAUGGCUAGGGAGAUUGCCAAGGAUGCGGCACAACUCAAGGUGGGAAAGAUGAAGGAGAUUGCAAAGCUUAAGGUGAAAGAGGAGAGAAAGAGACUAGAAUCUGAGCUUGAGCUGGUUUUGAUUGUGGAGAAGUUACAGGAGUUACGUUCCAUGAGGAUCCAAAAAUUGAAAAAACAAGGGCAUUUCCUCCCAGAAGAGGAUGAUAAGUUUCUGGAGAGGGUUCGAGCUGCGGUCGAGGAAGAAGAGCGGCAAGCAAUCGCUGCUGCUGACACAGAUGCUGCUAAGGAUGCCAUUGCAACUGCUGAGGAAUCUAGGAAAACCUCACAGAAUUCUGAGGAAUCUAGGAAAUCAACCCAGAACCAUGGACCUAUCUCAAAGGAUUCAAGUGAUGAUAAUGUUGGAACCAAGGAAAUUAAAGGUAAGGUAAUUGAAAGCAAAGACAAUAUAGGCUCAGGUGCUGUCACUGGCCCAUCUGAAGAAAGAGGAACCAAAGUUCAAAGUUAUAGCAAAACAUAUGAUUCUGUGGCUAAUUUACCAACGGAAUUCUAUCACUAUUAUCAUGGCAGCAAUAAUGAUAUGGGCACACUUAUCGAGGUUAGAAGAACAUGGGAUGCGUACAUAAGACCAGGGGGAAGCCGUAUUCCUGGGCAUUGGGUUCAGGCGCCACCACCGGCAGAUGACAUUUGGGCAUCCUACCUUGUUAGGCCUUCGAACUAAGCUGAAAGAAGGGCAGCCUCCGCUUCCUUUUGGAGAGUUUUGAAAGAAUUUUCGAGUUCACUUGUUUCUUUUCUGCCUGAAGCAUUUGCACUGGAUGCUCGCAUCGACAUCAAUCAAUUGGAUUGACGAGUGAAAGCAGCAAACAUCAUCCAUGAGAAUGAGAUCAAAUAGAUCCAAUUUUAAUUAUGAUAUUUUUGUACAUUUGCAAUGUCACAAUGUUCCUUGUCGCCAUUUCUCUCAGAAUCCGGAAUUAAUGCAAUUACUGGAGUCACUUCCUGUCAAAUUUCAACCAAAAUUUGGUGGCAAAUUACAAAUCUGCGCCGAUCUAGUCUUUGUAUGGCCGUUAUAUUGGUUGUUUUGGAACAAAUCUGUGCCAAGUCUUAUGGUCCAUCAUAUAGUAAAGUCUUUCUGUGAGUGUAUUUUUUUUUUUUUUUAUUUAGAUCAUGAUGUGCCAACAUAAUUCUUAUCCUCGGUCAGAGGGUUUCUGAUUUGUUUUUGAGAUCA